UCAGACUUAAACGAGUGUCUGCCUGAUGAUGACUAUGAAGAUAUCUGUGGUGUAAAUGCUCAGUGCUUCAACACCAAUGGCAGUUACAACUGUCGGUGUGAUCUAGGCUUUGAUCCACAGGACAAGAACUUCACAGCCUCAGAGUCUGUAAAAUGUCAAGAUGUCAACGAGUGUGUUGAAAACGAGGAUAUCUGUGGUCCUAAUUCAGAAUGUAUCAAUACGAUGGGCAACUAUUCUUGCACGUGUCUUCCUGGCUUUGUCUCAAGUAACGGAAAGGAGACCUUUCCGUCUGGUGAAGGAGUCACAUGUAACGACAGAGAUGAGUGUGAAGAUGAUGACAUAUGUGGGCAGCAUAAGUGCAACAACACCCAAGGAAGUUACCAAUGCGUCUGUGACUCUGGGUUUAGACGUGAAAAUGACGGAUUAUGCAAGGAGAUGUGUAAGAUAGAUCCUUCACUCUGUGGAAAUGGAAACUGUACCACUAAAGCUGAUGGCUAUAACUGUGCCUGCCACGUCGGAUUCACCAACUAUGGCAAUGAACAGUCCAGGUGCAAAGAGCUGAACUGUGAGACAUUUAACUCUGACGACAAUCUCGAGAUGCUCCCCGAUAUACAGAACGCAAUGACUCUGCUGAGGAACAGUUGUCUGGAGCUGAGUGAGACAGAAGGGCUGGUGGGGGCCCGGCAAGUGGAGGGAGAGUUCCUGCUGGAGGCUAUGUUGUCUAUGAUAGAUGGGCUCCUGCAAGGCGGGCCACUUAAUGAUAACAGGAAAAUGACAGUCCUUCUGGAGUUUGUGGAGAAUGCAUUAAAGCUGAUCGGACCCAUGAUGAACAGCCCCAGGACCAGUCGCUCCUACAACCAAGUCGAGGUGGAGCUGCUGAAGAGAGGUGCAGACGUCCCGUGGGGGGCUGUCUCCUUGUCCUCCAAACACACACGUCUGAACAGCAGCUGGGAGACUGCUGCAGGAGAUGCCUCAUCCUACCCAGGUUUUGCAACCAUAUCCCUCCUCACCUAUAAGGGUCUGCAUACAUCCAAACAAACCUUCUUUAGGAGCGGGAAGAAAUCUGAGGACCAGACGCAACUCAACUCCAAAGUGGUGACGGCCAGCGUUAGCAACACCAACACCACGCUCCUCACAGAGCCCGUGGUGUUCACUUUUUACCAUCUGCAGCAGUCUGAUAAUGGGUCGCGUAGCUGUGUGUAUUGGGAGCCCAAGCUGGACGGUGGAUCGUGGUCUGACCGAGGUUGCACUGUGUUGGAGUCCGAGAAGGAUUACACAGUGUGCUCCUGUAGUCACCUCAGCAGCUUUGCUGUGCUCAUGGCCCUCCAUGAAAUAAAGGACGAGUUCCAGCUGCGGGUGAUCACCUGGGUGGGCCUGUCCCUGUCUCUAGUGUGCCUGUUCCUCUGCAUCCUCACCUUCACCCUGUUCCGCUCCAUCCAGAGCACCCGCAACACCAUCCACCUCCACCUCUGCAUCAGCCUCUUCAUCGCAGACUUUGUCUUCCUCGCCGGCAUCACCCGCACAGAGAACCCGGUUGGCUGUGGGAUUGUCGCAGGGUUGCUGCACUAUUUCUUCCUGGCAGCGUUUUGUUGGAUGUGUCUGGAGGGGGUACAGCUCUUCAGGAUGGUGGUGCUGGUCUUCAACACCACCUUCAAACCUCUCUACAUGAUGGCAGGGGGCUAUGGGGUCCCUGCCAUCAUCGUCCUCCUGUCUGCCAUUAUCAAUGCUAAGGGAUAUGGCACGACGCGCUACUGUUGGCUCAGCCUGGAAGAUACCUUCAUUUGGAGUUUCUUUGGCCCUGUCUGUGUCAUCAUCAUGGUGAACGUCUUCUUCUUCCUCAUCACUGUGUGGAAGCUGGCCCAGAAGUUCUCGAGCCUCAACCCUGACCUCGACAACCUACGCAAGAUCAAGGCCUUCACCAUUACUGCGGUGGCUCAGCUGUGUGUGCUGGGCACCAUGUGGAUAUUUGGCGUUUUCCAGUUUGACCAGGGCACUCUGGCCAUGUCCUAUCUCUUCACCAUCCUAAACAGCCUCCAAGGGGUGUUGAUAUUUGUCAUGCACUGUCUGCUCUCCAAACCGGUGAGAGAGGAGUACAGCAAGUUCCUAUCCAGGGUCUGUGCACCAGAAAAGAAGAAGUACUCAGAGUUCAGUUCUAACCAAACAAGCAAAUCCCAGACUUCCAAGAGUGCCCAGAACACUGGAGAGUCUCACAUUUAACCAAACAAUUAAUGAUCAAGGAUCUUCUCACACUGUCGGACUUUGUAAUUAGUUCACACAUGGAAACCCUGUUAGCCUGAGGUUGGAUAAGGAGGUGGCCAUGUUGUUAAUAGCACGUACUGUAAAUAUUGAGCUGGUCUAAAGCAUUGAGAGGAAAGAUUUAAAAGGCUAUUUAUUGUAUGUUGUAUUGUAGUAUUUUAUGUGUUGUUACAUAGACAGUUCUGAUAGAUUUCGGACUGAAGCUGGGCAAAUCUCUGUUUUACACAUUGGCUUAGUUAUAAUUUGUUCAGUAUCAUCCAGGUACUUUAUCUAUUUUUUUAAGACAAUCAAGAGGAAAAGCAUCAAUGACAAAACGAUCAAAUGUUGCUUAGAUGUUUUCUGUUGGUGUUUGUAUGUUCAUGUCAUAUAUGUAUUUAUAUAUUUUCAAACCAUAUCUAUCCAAAAAGGGAGCAAGAUGGAAUUGGAAUGUAAAAUUUGCAGUAUUUUUAUUAUUGGUUCUGUGUUAUAGUCUCAUCUGAUGAUUAGCUACAAUGCCCGUCCUUGACCUGGAGGUUGCUAUGUGCAGGAAUAUUUGUAAAGUUAGCUCUGAACAACCACAAAUAAGAUUUUCCUUUUAGCUUAAUGUUAAGAAUAUUUUAUUAAGUGCAACAGCAAUAUGGAUAUUAAUAUUCAUAAAAUAGAAAGAUUGAUGCAAUAACGUACCAAACAUGUACUCUUCAUCAGUUAUUUUUUGUACAAAUAAAAUAUUACAUGUC